CACAGCCUUUCCUGAAAUUUCCCGCUCAGUGGCACGGGCAAACCUCCGUCCUCCUCGGCACAGUUUGCAACCUUGACAAAGCUCUUUUCUCCCGGCCAUUCGCUGUGCCAGGCUGCCACUUAUCUAUCUAAGUUGUUGAAGGUCCGGCACGCCCUAGGGCACAGCGGUGUAGGAAUAAUAAUUACCUAUCUAUUUGGCUUGGAUGCAAAAUUCGGGCAGCUUGCCGUCGUAUACAUGAUCCGGACACCCUUCGACUCUGAUCGCCCCGUACUGACACGUUCAGGCCCCUACCUAAUAUCGCCUCCCGUCGGUUGCCGGCUCAGCGGCAUCGUGAACUAUCCUUGGCUGGAAGCGAUGCAAGCGUCAUGGAAACUUCGGCCGGGUCCACCUCCCUUGGAUGACCUGGAGAAACACCCAGCUCCAGCUAGGAUUGAAAGCCGGAAUGAUGGAUCGGUUGCUUGUGAAGUUGGUUUUGAAGCAACCGAUGGUGCAAGCUCCGAAGCAGAAUAUCUCGCCUCCGAAGGCGACAACGUCAACACCACCGCUAAAGUUUCAAUGAUGGAGGCUAAACAGCCUAGAAUCCGAGGACUCAGUCCCCCGCCCCGGAGCGCUCGACCGUUCGUGUUGAUCAAUAUCGCCCCGAAGCCCACUAACAUUUGGGUCAUUAUUACCCCACCCUACAGCAGAGAACCUGCCCCGUUCCCCUUUCCUCCAUCCUCCAUGGAGCCCGAGGGGGACGCCCCGGCCAGGGCCGGCCCAGGCAGCAUACCAGCACCGUUUGGCCCGCUAUCAACGGCGCCUUUGGUUAUGGCCCACCCGCAUCUUCCUCCUCCUCCGCUUGAUUACUACUGCACGCGUCCGCUUGAAUCCCGCUUUGGAUCAGGCCGUCCGCAGCCCGCCAUGGGCUUUCGGCAAGCCUGCGCCAUCGAGUACGACGAGUCUGAAAAGGCGGUGGAAAAGCCCUCCACGCGGCGCCUUUCGACAAAGUCUCGAAAAGCUUCCAAGAACGACGAAGACAGGAAAGCGAUGCCGCAGAUAGUGAUACCCCCCUGACGACUCGCAAAGCAGGCGCAACGCACCACGCCGACCUUGACUUCAAGUGCCCUGGACAUGAAAUCCCAACUCUCGAACUUCGAUGCCCUCAGCCCUCGACUUGGCUCUGUUGAGCAGAACUUGGUGUAUCUGGAUGCCAACACGGGGAGUUUGGAACACACCAGAUUGAUCAUCAUGUUGAGCAUCUUCUGUUCAGUCAUAUCCACUUCGCCCCGCCCCCUCUCCAUUGACCCAGACCACGCCUCGUUCAUGGCAGAGUAUACGCGCUUAUACCGUAGGGAGACAUUGGAUGUCAUCAAUCGCCUCUCCAGCCAUGAAGCCAUGAUUGGCCAU